AUGUCUCAUCGACCACUCGACAUCAUCAAGCGUGAGCAGCGUGCUGCAGACCGCGCACCCCACCUGCGGACGCGAAAAAACGGGCCAAUGACGGACACCAUUGAUUCUCUCGACAACAUCGGCGGCGUUUACCAUCAUGGCGGUCCCUACGAUGCUACACUGGCAUCCCGUAACCGCAACAGGAUGUACGCCCCCGUUGAGGCCGUGAGAGAGUCCAACAUGGAGGCCCUGAAAGCCACACCUCGCGAGUACAUUGAGGAUUCUCUGACUAAGCAUGUGCCUUUGCAAGGAACCGGGCUCAUUCCUUCAGGUGGUACUGAUAUGAGUGGUAAUGUUAUGAACUACGAAGAAGGUGCUGAUCUGAUGCGCGAGCCUGAUGCAAAGGGAGGUGCCUACAAAAGAUGGGAUGGAAUUCCGUACCACCCUGAUGAUCUCAAGGGAAAGGGAGAGCCUUCCUAUACUUACGAGAGAGACCUCAAGGAGAAGAAGCGGUUGCGCAAGGCGUCUCUGGGCAACAGCCCCGCAGAGUUUGAGAUGCGUUCCGGCAUCAAUGCCCAGUCGCGUAAGGAGAACGGGUUGAUGAUUCGCCAACGUAGUCUCAGCAAUGCCGCCGACGGCAGACCCGGGCCUUCCGAGUUCCGUAAUGGACAAUCGAAUAGCGCCGAUGUCCGUCGCCAGAACAGCACCGGAAAGCGUCUGAGCGAAGGCCUGAAGCGCCGAUUUGGCAGCAUCCGGCGGAAGAACCAUGGCGCGGCCUGA